AUGAUCAGCAACACGACAGCCAUCGCCGAAGCCUGGGCUCGACUAGAUCAUAAGUUUGAUUUGAUGUAUGCCAAACGAUGUUUCGUCCACUGGUACGUCGGCGAGGGAAUGGAGGAGGGUGAAUUUUCUGAAGCACGAGAGGAUUUAGCUGCCCUUGAGAAGGAUUAUGAGGAAGUUGGUGCCGAUACC